UGCCUCUGCCUCCUCUGCCUCUCUCUACCUCUGCCUCUGCCUGUCCCCGUGCAGCAUGCAGUCCUCGCUGUUCGCCGUGGGGCACAGUUUCGGGCUCCCCACGCCCGUGUCCGCCGACGCGCCGCUCGCGCUGCUGCUCUCCAACUGGUCCGCGCCGGACAGAGCCAACGGCACCGGGGACGCGCUGGAGCACCGGCGGCGCGCGCAGUCCUACGGCCAGUUUUCCCAGAGCGCCGCGGUGCUCGUGACCGCGCUCAUGACGCUCCUGGUGUUCGCCACUGUGCUCGGGAACGCGCUCGUCAUCCUGGCGUUCGUGGUGGAGAAAAGUUUGCGCACCCAGGGCAACUUCUUCUUCCUAAACCUGGCCAUAGCGGACUUUCUGGUUGGUGGGUUCUGUAUCCCGGUGUAUAUUCCCUAUGUGCUGACCGGGGAGUGGAGGCUGGGCAGAGGUCUGUGUAAGCUGUGGCUGGUGGUGGACUACAUGCUGUGUACGGCGUCCGUCUUUAACAUCGUCCUCAUCAGCUUUGACAGAUUCCUCUCCGUCACCAGAGCCGUGAGCUACCGCUGCCAAAAAGGCGUGACCCGCGAGUCGGUGCUGAAGAUGCUGUGCGUCUGGUUGGCCGCUUUCCUGCUGUAUGGGCCGGCCAUCAUCAGCUGGGAGCACAUCGCCGGGAAGAGCGUGGUCCCUCACGGCGAAUGCUACGCCGAGUUCUACUUCAACUGGUACUUCCUGAUGACCGCCUCCACUGUCGAGUUCUUCACUCCUUUUAUAAGUGUCACCUACUUCAACCUCAGUAUCUACAUCAACAUCCGAAAUCGGUGCGUUCUCAGAGAAGAGCGUUCCACCUGCGCGCACCUCAGGAACGGGAGAACCGGAGAAGCCAAGCCGUUCUGCGCGCCUGACGUUCAACGCGUGUUUUUCGUGAGGCCGGCUGAGGAGAGCAGCGUCGUCGAGAACUCGAACUCCAGGGCUCGGUGUUGUCGAUUGUCCAGUGCUACCGUGUCAGGGACCGAAUCCGAGAACGCGGGACGGACAGCGAAGAGGAGGAUGAGCACGAUUCCGGAUCUUCCGCCUCUGCAGGUGGGGGACAUGGUGAACGAGACGGGUUUUAACUGCGCCAGACAUUCGUGCAUUUCACACAGGAACCAGGCGGACGUUUCGUCAAGCCUCGCCAGCCGCUUUCGCCUCUCCAGGGACAAAAAGGUGGCCAAGUCUCUGGCCGUGAUCGUGUGCGUGUUUGGCUUGUGCUGGGCCCCGUACACACUCCUGAUGAUCAUCCGGGCCGCGUGUCACGGCCAGUGCGUCCAGCACUACCUAUACGAGAUCUCCUUCUGGCUUCUGUGGAUUAACUCAUCGAUCAAUCCUGUGCUCUAUCCGCUCUGCCACACCAGCUUCAGAAGGGCGUUCAGUAAACUCUUAUGUCCAAGUAAAAUAAAGAUCCAGCCGCAGUACAUGGACCAGAAAUAUUAACAAACACACACAGACACACAGGACUGGCAUCUGUGAGCUGUGUAUUCGUGUCAGGAUGUUUUAGUAAUCUCUAUCAGUGUUGGAUUGGUGUAAAAGCUGUAGUUUCGUGUAUCCAUCCGUCAUGUUGUUUUUGAGGAGAUGCUUCAGCGUGGUGUGUGUGACGUUACGACUAAUUAAUCAGCACUUUUGUGCCAGCUUUUGUGACAUCACACAGGAGAGCUUGACACCAUCACAGGAGAGCACUAACAAUCCUACAGUCUGCGCUAAAGAUGAAAAUGUGAAAGGGCCAAAAACAAUAAUGAAAUAAAAUAAGCCUUUAGAUUAUCUUACGCUACAAUUCAGUUCAAUUUUCUUGGGUGCAAAAAUUCUCAAUCUAUUUUAUAAUGUGAAAAAAGAAGAAAAAGAAAUUAUUCCAAAUAAAACGAUUCUCAAGCUAUUCACGAGGAAAUGAAGCAAACAAUAUAAAAUAUAUUUGUGUAUCAUUUAGAUUCAUCGCUAUUAUCAAGUAAUAUCCUAUUAUUAUCUUAACGUUUGACCUUUUUUGUUAUUUGUGAUAAAAAAGAACAUCUGUGGAAGCGAAACGUUAUAAAUGUCGUGUUUAUUUUGUAUUAAAAGAUGAAACUUUUUCACUCUGCUCGGGUGUUUUUUUUCACUCACGUUUUUGAACGUCGA